UCGGCCGGGCCCGCCGCCGAGCUGCCAGCCGAGUAUGGCGGCCCGCUGCGACCGGCGGACGUGUCCGAGCUGCCGCGAGACUACCCAACUGUAGACACGCCGCUGCCAGAACCGGUGGCGCUGCUUCCGCCGGACCUUGACGACCCGGACCAGUACGAGCCGCCCGAGUUUGCCGCCGGCGGGGACGCGACAGCGACGGAUACGAGCGCGACGGACGCGACAGAGGGCGCGACGGAGGCGACAGAGGGCGCGACGGGACUGGAUCCAGGUGCCGAUUCCCGGCCGGUGGGAGGCACCGCUGCAUGAAGCAUGCCGAGCCACACGUCUGCAGCGGAGGGCGGUGGGCCGACCGCAGCGGGUGCCAGUCCCGUGACGGAACGGCGCGCGAUCAGGGAGUCGCUGGCGAACUCUGCGGAUGAUGCGGCUCAGCCACGGGCGGCCGGAGGGGAGGAGGCGGCCACGUGUGUGCAGGAUGAGCCAGCCGCAUCUUCCGCGGCGCCCAGUCAUGCCACGGACUCGGCGGAUGCUCAGCCCCCGCCCGGUGGCGAGUUCACAGACCGCGGGGCGCCUACCAAGGCGACUGUGUCUCACGUGGUGGGCGAGAGAGCUAUGGAGACACAGGAUAGCUUUGCCCCUCCGUUUCCGGUGUUAAGUCAGCGGUUGGAUGCUGUCCAGGCCCCGCUAGUUCCCUGCCCAGUACGGACUCGCCACCCUGUGGCGAACCACGGUGAUGGGGAUGAAGCCUGUGACUUUCCAGUGACCACUGAAAUGGCGCCGGCCGCUGAACCCCCCGCUGAAGCCCGGGCUCAGGGGCGGUGCGGUGUCGCUGACGCGGCCUCGACUUCGGCGCCCUCUGCCGCCCCUGCCGUCCCAGGGCCUGCACCGUCACCGGCACCUGCCGCGUGUGCCGCCGGCGGGACUGACACGGAGCCACUGCCACCUCCCACCACGGCAGCGGAUGCCGCCGUCGGGACUGACACGGAGCCACUGCCACCUCCCACCACGGCAGCGGAUGCCGCCGGUGGGACUGACACGGAGCCACUGCCACCUCCCACCACGGCAGCGGAUGCCGCCGGCGGGACCGGCACGGAGCCACUGCCACCUCCCACCACGGCAGCGGAUGCCGCCGUCGGGACUGACACGGAGCCACUGUCACUUCCCACCACGGCAGCGGAUGCCGCCGGCGGGACCGGCACGGAGCCACUGUCAUUUCCCACCACGGCAGCGGAUGCCGCCGGCGGGACCGGCACGGAGCCACUGUCACUUCCCACCACGGCAGCGGAUGCCGCCGGCGGCAGCGGUGCCGGGCCGGCGCGCGCUGAGAGGAUCGCGUGCGCGGCAGACUUGUUGCCGGAGCAGUGUGUCGGGCCGACGGACGGCAUGCUCGAACACUACUGGCAGUUUGUCCGCGAGAACCCGUACGACUUCAACGGCUGGACCUACCUUCUGCAGCAUGUGGAGAAACAGACCAACCUGGACGCCAUCCGAGGCGUUUACAACGCAUUUCUGCCGCUGUAUCCGUACUGUUACGCCUACUGGAAGAAGUACGCCGACCUGGAGCAGCGGAGCGGCUACACUGAGAGGUCUCUGCAGAUCCUAGAGCGAGCCGUCAAGGCGAUCCCGCUGUCGAUCGAGCUGUGGAUGGCCCUGCUGAACCAGUUUCGCGACUCGGUGAAGGGCCAGAAGACAGCGGAGGAGCAGACUCGAGCCAUUUGUGAGCGGGCCGUCCGAUGUGCCGGCGCCCAGUUCAGGUCCGACGCCCUCUGGGAAUGCUUUAUCCAGUGGGAAUCCACUCAUGGGGCCAUGAGCAACGUCACCGCCAUCUACCGGCGCCUACUGAAAAUACCCACUCGCUUGUACAACCGACACUGGGACGAUUUCCUGCAGCACGUGCGGGACCAUCACCCGCGUGACAUCCUGGAGCGUGAAGAGUACGUGGCGCUGCGUCGCGCGUGCUGUCUCGAGCUGGGCGUGACGUACCGUGAGGAGUCCGCCUCUCCGCUCGCCGACCCUGCCAAGAUCCGGCAGCCCGAGGUGAAGCUUGUCAGUGCUAUCAAGGAGAAACUGGUGGCCUCCUUGGUCGCCAUUCACGAGAAAACGGAGAAGAAGGCCGAGAAACGCUGGAAGUUGGAGGAAAAGAUUAAGCGGCCCUACUUCCACGUGAUCGCGCUGGACCGGCGUCAGCUGCGCGCCUGGCGCGACUACCUGGAGCUGGAAGCGGCCGACGGUGACCACGACUCGCUGGUCAUGUUGUACGAGCGCUGCCUGAUCGCGUGCGCCCAGUAUGAGGAGUUCUGGCUGCAGUAUGCCCGCUACCUGGAGCGUCGGCUGCAGUCGGUGCCGUCGCCGUCGGCCGCUGAUGAUGCGGCCAUGCGGCGCCUGCUGGAGGCCGACCGGGCCGGCGGCGGCGGCGCCCAGUACGAAACAGAGUCGCGCCGUCUUCCCGAGGAACGGUCGCACGUGGCGGCCGGCUACGCGGCGCGUGCCAACCCAGCCGACGCUGUGCGUGAGGUGUACAAGCGUGCCUGCCUGGUGCACUGCCCGACGCGGCCCAAUAUUCGCCUGCAGUGGGCGGCGUUUGAGGAGAGCAUCGGUGAGCGAGCGGCCGCCGGCGCGGCGCGCGCUGACCACGGACGCUGCCGGCGGACUGCGCCAGUGCCCGUCGGCUCUCGUGCUGCGGUGUUCCGUCGGAAUACCAUUGCUUUGAGAGCAAAUCAAUCGCGUUUAACCUCGAAAUGCACUAACGCCGCGGAGCGGCGCCGCGGCCGGCCGGACGAGUGCAGCCGGCUGUACCAGGCGGCCGCCGACGCCGCGCCCGCCCACCUCGCCACGUGGUGGGCCAUGAAGCACGCCCGCUUCUGCUUCAAGAUUCUGAACAAGCCGGACAAGGCUCUGGGAAUUCUGCGGACGGCCGUCAAGCGGGACCGCUCCAACCCGCGUCUGUACCUGCACAUCCUGGACGUGUGCUACCAGCGCCACCCGGUGGACGUGAGGGGCGUGACGGCGGCGCUGACGCUGGCACUCAACAGCAAGGACGUGUCGGCGCGUGACAAGCUCGGUUUCCGGCGCAAGAAGGUGGAGUUCUUCGAGGAGUUCGGCUCGUUGCGCCAGCUGCGCGAGGCCGAGGACGAACUGGAGACGGCCGAGCGCGUGCUGGCCGCCACCGAGCGCAAGCAGGCGCGCCAGCAGGGACAGGACGCGCAGGAGCAGGAGCCGGAGCAGGAGGACGCUGGGGGCGCGGCCGGCCGGCCCGUCGCCAAGCGGCGGCGGAAGGUCGAGAUGGAGCCGACGCCGCCGCCACCGCUGCCGAAUGGUGCCGUCCGCUUCAGCCGUCCUCCUACGGCCAGGUACGGCAAAGACCCGCAGUACAAGUGGUUCCAGGAGCAGGGCUACCGCGACUACGACGCGCGCGAGGCCGGCGGCUACCCGACCACGCUGCUCGAUCCCGUGUCGUCUGACGAGGAGGCGCUGAGCGGGCCGCCGCCGCCGCCGGCGGCGAGCUGUGGCCUCUCCGAGACGGACGGCGGUGUGUCGCUGAUUCGGUACUGGCCCCGCUUCAUGAACGACUGCGGUGUCCAGCGCAUGUUCCAUACGCUGCGCCGCUACGUCAAGUGGCACCAGACGCGCCAGGUGGCGCCCGACGGCCGGUUCGUGGCGCUGAAGCGGCUGGUGGCCUGGUUCGGUCCGUGCAGUCUGGAGGAGUCCGGCCUCAUGAUGCCCGCCAAUGAUAGCUGGGCGCCAGAGCUGCUCGACCUGCUGCAGAGGCUGAUGCAGCUCACGGGUCAGGAGUUCAACAGCUGCCACCUGAGCCUAUUCCGGAGCGGGCACGACCACGAGCCGUGGCACACUCACGACCAGCCGACGCUGGGCCGACAGCCGGCCAUCGCCAUCGUCUCUCUCGGUGCUGUCCGGAAUUUUGAGCUGCGCCAGAAGAGUGGCGGUGGCACCAGGUUCCUGCGGUUUCCGCUGUUCCCUGGUAGCUUACUGCUGAUGGAAGGCAAUACUCAGGAAGACUGGGUUCAUCAGGUUCCUAAGGAUCCUCUCGCUAAGGAGGAAAGAAUCAGUCUGCAGUUCCGGGUCAUGUACGAUCCAAUGGAUAUCCAAGCACAAAACAGGCCACGGCUGUGAAUCCCACCAUGAAGUCGGCAAUAGAGGUGCAGCACAUAGGCCGGCGGGGAACGUGGCGUCACUGGCCCAGAUGUGACUUUGUGUAGCUGUAGAGCGUGCAGGUGGAAGAUGUACUGCCUUGCACUGCAUUCAGCGUUAGAACAGUCAGAUGUUUGGCGUGGGAUGAUGGCGUUUGUUGUGAAGUAUUGUCGCAGGAGACUUCGCUUCACAUGUUUAAGAUGGUAUUUAGAUACGUUUUGAUCGCCACAAGUAUCGGUACUUUCAUCUCCAUCGGUCGUGUGCAGUGACGCGCGUUUCACUACGUAUUCCUAG